UAUCACCGACUCAUUUUCCAGAAAAGUGCCUUCAGAUUUUCCUGUAAUACUAGUUAAUGGCUUUGCAGCAUGUUUGGCAUCAAUAUGCCACAAGUUCCUUAGAUGUCCAGGACGUUUUUCCAAGACUUUGGUAAAUGUACGAAAGGGGUCUCAACAUCCUAUAUCAAGAAAGAGCUGGUAUUAUAUCGAAGAAAACAACAUGUCGCAACAAGUCCUAAAAGCUAACCUCGUACUAGCAAGUGAUAAUAAGAAACAUGAGGACCCGGAACUUUCUUAUCUUCGCAAGGAAGUUGGAGGUUAUGCCGUAACAAGUAGUAGACCACCAAAGAGUUUAGUUUCAGACAAAGAUUUUACUCGAAACCCAUAUAUACGAAAAUCUGCUGUGCUAAGUAAGUCUAAUUCAAAGGUGGAACCAAAAGCUGUGGUCAUUCACAACAGGUAUUUGUCAAAAGACGAAUGGCGACAAAUAUUUCUUGAUUACAACGCAACCGGAUACUACAAUGAAAACUUUCUCUCAGUUGUGAUAACUCAGUUUGUUUUGCAAAUCAAUCCAGUAGAUGGUUUAAAGGGGAGUGCAAGAUCUAAUGUGAUGCUGUGGGAAAGUAAAGACUGGCACCGUUCACCACUCUUGCAAUCUUUAAUUGAUUACAUUAUAAGAGAAGAAGAUGGAUAUUCUGUUCCUGAAACUGCCCUUACAGUUUACAGCAAGGCUUGUCUAGAUAGAUUAGACCCACAACGUGUUGUUGAUAUUUUUAGAAAAGUAAAGCACCGCACAGAGGUCCACAAUGUGCACUACCUUCAGUUGGUUGUUUCUGCAUUUCAUCCUCACAUUGGUCCAGAUUAUGAGGAUUGCAAAAAAUGGAUAUUUCCUUACAUGAAAUCGUUUCACAAACUUUCCCCAACCGAUUUGCAACUAGUUUCAGCAUUAGCUAUUGCAGCGUUCAGACACAAUGACUUAGAGGUUGCACUUCCUUUAUUAAGUCACAAUACCAAGAAAUCAUUCAAAGAUUUACCUGUUUUGAACGAUCCCAUAUUACAGCCUUUCCUACAAUGCAUGAGCUACUGUGAUGACCCAACAACAUGGUCAGAGAGAAAGAAAGUGGUUGAAAGUUACUUGAAUGACCGGUGCAAAAGAAAUCAUUGUUUUACAGCGGACCACAUAGGGCAUGUGGCAGAUUGGUUUAAACAAAUUAAAUCAGAGAAUUGGACACCGCACUGGUUGACACAUAAUGACGUCAUGUGCAAACAAGGGUUUUGUCCGAUAACUGGCAAAGAGUUGAUCACUACCAAUCUCCAGGAACAUGAAAGUGAUUAUUUGAAGGAAAUUAUUGCGCAAGUAUUAAUGGAGUUGGUGCAUGGGAAAAGCAAUCCUUAUGCAUUGAAAAAACUAAGAAAUAUGAAAGAGGAAGAUUCUGAAAGAGGAAUAUUAAAAAUGUCGUUUAUCACUGUGAGGUUUCUUGAGUUUAUAAUGGAGCAUGGACCGUUUGAUGCUGUUAUUGAUGGUUUAAAUGUAGUGUUGGGGACCAAUGCAACUAGCAACACUCCAGGCUUAAAAUUGCUAUAUAAUGGAAUUAAAUUCAUGAAAAGAAAAAGGAAAAACAUGAAAAUAUUUCUUCCUCUUCCAUAUUCAAUGCAGCCACACAUUGAACAACAUGUAAAUGAUUUGAACAAUGUCACCAGUAUUAUGUAUUUUAAAAGCAGAAAAAUUAUGGAUGAUUCCCUUCUUUUAUAUGCUGCCAUGGUUGGCAAUGAUGACUGUUUAUUAAUCAGCAUGGACAAGUUUCGUGACUUUGCUUUUUACGUUAAGUCUUCACUUGGUGAUGAGGCUGCAAGUCUAUUCUUUAAGUUUCAAAGAAACCGACAAACUUAUAUCUCACCUUUUGGGAAAGUUGCUAAACCACUUGGCACCGCUCAUACUGUUGUAAAGGGAGAGUCGUCUUGGAAUUUCGGGUAUUACCAAAAUGUUGCAGAAUAUAGUAAAGCCAAGUAUCCAACCCGUUGGCUCUGCAUGCGGAAAACCUGAUACAUGGAAUAGAAUUUAUCUAAAAUUAAAUGAAGAUAUGUACUUCAAGCGGGGGGCUGAUCAACGUGGUAAUUACUCUUGAAGUGGAAAACACAGCACUUAAAAUAUCCUACGCUGGUUAAAAUAUGUUUCAUCCACUGAAUUUCUGUACUGUUGCUCAAAAAUGGCAAAUCCUGUUUUUUUAGCUGAUAAAUUGGAUUCAACAU